AUGGUGGUUAGAGAACACGACGAUUUGCCGGAGAAGUGUUUGGAAUUUGACAAACAAGCUCUUUCCGCCCCCGUGAAAACUGCAGUUGAGAAGUUCCAAUUAGUCCCUGAGUUCUUAAAGGUGAGAGGACUCGUCAAACAACAUUUAGAUUCCUUUAACUAUUUUGUGAGGACGCAGAUAAAAAAGAUUGUUCAAGCCAAUGACCUCAUCACCUCUAAGAUCGACCCAAAUAUUUAUUUGAGAUAUAAAGAUGUUCGAAUUGGUGAACCAUCUUUGUUAGCAGAUGGUUCAGUCGAUCAACUUAACCCCCAAAGGUGCCGCCUUUCGGACCUUACUUAUGCUGCUCCAAUAUACGUGAACAUUGAAUAUAUUACAGGAAGCCAUGGUUCACAGUCAAUCCAAACAAAGAAAGAUGUCAUCAUUGGGAGAAUGCCUAUCAUGUUAAGAAGUUGUCGUUGCAUCUUGUAUGGGAAGGAUGAAGAAGAACUUGCAAGACUUGGUGAAUGCCCACUCGAUCCUGGGGGGUACUUUGUCAUUAAAGGAAAUGAGAAGGUGAUUUUGAUACAAGAGCAACUUUCAAAGAACAGGAUAAUCAUUGAUACUGAUAAUAAAGGAUGUGUGCAAGCAUCUGUGACAAGUAGUACGGAAGCAACAAAAAGCAAAACAGUUAUAAAGAUGGAGAAAGAAAAGAUCUAUCUGUACCUAAAUCAGUUUUCAACCAAGGUCCCUAUCAUGAUUGUCCUGAAAGCUAUGGGUAUGGAAAGCGACCAAGAGGUUGUCCAGAUGAUUGGAAGAGACCCUCGGUAUAGUCAACUGCUAUUGCCUUCUAUUGAGGAUUGUGUGAAGGAUGGUAUACAUACCCAAUCUCAGGCACUGGAGUUCCUUGAACAGAAGGUUUUGAUCUUUUCCCAAAAUUUAAAUGAAGGCCGUGCACUGAGCAUUCUCCGUGACACAUUUCUUGCAAACGUUCCUGUGCGUCAAAAUAAUUUUCGUCCAAAAUGCAUAUACGUUGCUGUAAUGUUGAGGCGCAUGAUGGAAGCAAUCUUAAACAAGGAUGCAAUGGAUGAUAAGGAUUAUGUGGGGAACAAAAGAUUGGAACUGUCUGGCCAAAUGUUGGCCUUACUUUUUGAGGAUUUAUUCAAGACAAUGAAUGAUGAAGCCUGCAAAGCAAUUGAUGAGAACUUAACAAAGCGACUGCUUUCUAGUCGAUUUGACAUUUCUCAGUAUAUUGUGAAAGAUAGAAUCACGGUUGGUCUAGAAAGAUCCCUUUCUACUGGGAAUUGGGAUGUCAAAAGAUUCAGGAUGCACCGGAAAGGAAUGACACAGGCUGUACAACGACUUUCAUACAUAGGUGCUUUAGGUCACAUGACAAGAAUCUCACCACAGUUCGAAAAAUCUAGGAAAGUUAGUGGACCUAGAGCAUUGCAACCGAGUCAGUGGGGCAUGUUGUGCCCCUGUGAUACUCCAGAAGGUGAAGCUUGUGGAUUGGUGAAAAAUCUGGCUCUGAUGACUCAUGUUACAACGGAUGAAGACGAAGGGCCCCUCAUGUCUCUGUGUUACUCUCUUGGUGUAGAAGACUUGGAGUUACUUUCUGGUGAAGAACUUCAUAUGCCAAACUCCUAUUUGAUCAUAUGCAAUGGAUUAAUUCUUGGAAAGCAUAGGAAGCCACAAAGAUUUGCCAAUGCAAUGAGAAAACUGCGCAGGGCUGGUAAAAUUGGCGAGUUUGUGAGCAUUUUUGUCAAUGAAAAGCAGCGUUGUGUUUACAUUGCUUCAGAUGGUGGACGUGUUUGUCGUCCACUUGUCAUUGCAGACAAAGGUGUGUCAAGGAUUAAGGAGCACCAUAUGAAGGAGUUAAAGGAUGGAGUGCGGACAUUUGACAGUUUUCUGAAGGAAGGCUUGAUAGAAUAUCUUGAUGUCAACGAGGAGAACAACACUUUGAUUGCUUUAUAUGAAGAGAAUGCUAAAGAGGUUACAACGCAUAUUGAAAUAGAGCCUUUUACCUUACUGGGUGUGGUUGCUGGGUUGAUUCCAUAUCCUCAUCAUAACCAGUCGCCAAGAAAUACAUAUCAGUGUGCUAUGGGAAAGCAAGCUAUGGGAAAUAUCGCUUACAAUCAGGCAAGUUAUUUUUUACGUAGGAUGGAUACUUUAAUGUAUCUUUUAGUUUAUCCGCAACGACCACUACUAACAACACGAACAAUUGAGCUGGUCAGCUAUGAUAAACUGGGAGCUGGACAAAAUGCAACUGUUGCAGUUAUGAGUUAUAGUGGCUAUGACAUAGAGGAUGCUAUAGUGAUGAAUAAAUCGUCCUUGGAUCGUGGUUUUGGACGUUGCAUUGUCAUGAAAAGAAUGACAGCCGUUGUCCAAACGUAUGAAAAUAAUGCAUCCGAUCGCAUUGUUAGGCCACAAAGAGGAGCUUAUGGGAUGCAGGUUUUGGAUGAUGAUGGAAUAGCAGCUCCUGGACAAAUUAUUCGGCCUGAUGACAUCUAUAUUAACAAGCAGACCCCCAAAGUCACUAGAGGGCAGCCCAACUCCCAUGUGGAACUGGCUGAUAGUGCAUACAAUCGAUCUCCCCAGACAUACAAAGGUCCUAAGGGGGAGACUCCUGUUGUGGAUAAGGUAGCACUUUGCUCGGACAGGAAUAACAACCUAUGCAUCAAGUUCAUGAUUCGACAUACUCGGAGGCCAGAGGUUGGUGACAAAUUUAGUAGUCGUCAUGGGCAAAAAGGAGUUUGUGGUACUAUUGUUCAACAAGAGGAUUUUCCCUUUUCAGAACGUGGAAUAUGUCCUGAUUUAAUCAUGAAUCCCCAUGGAUUUCCUAGCCGUAUGACUGUGGGGAAGAUGAUAGAACUUCUUGGUGGCAAAGCUGGAGUUUCAUGUGGUAGGUUUCAUUAUGGAAGUGCAUUCGGGGAGCCCAGCGGUCAUGCAGACAAAGUUGAGACGAUAAGUGAAACUCUUGUGAAGCAUGGUUUUAGCUACAAUGGCAAAGAUUUCAUCUACUCAGGCCUUACCGGUGAGCCACUGCAAGCUUAUAUUUUCAUGGGUCCAAUUUAUUACCAGAAGUUAAAACACAUGGUGUUAGAUAAAAUUCAUGCUCGAGGUACUGGACCCCGAGUUAUGAUGACUAGACAGCCUACAGAGGGGCGGAGUAGAAAUGGAGGUUUGCGAGUGGGGGAAAUGGAACGGGAUUGCUUAAUUGCAUAUGGAGCCAGUAUGUUGAUAUAUGAACGCUUGAUGAUAUCUAGUGACCCAUUUGAGGUUCAGGUGUGCCGGAAGUGUGGUCUCCUGGGCUAUUACAGCUUUAAGCUAAAGGCUGGCAUAUGCUCUACAUGCAAGAACGGAGAAAAUAUGUCUACCAUGAAUUUGCCCUAUGCAUGCAAACUUUUGAUCCAGGAGCUCCAGUCAAUGAAUAUCAUUCCUCGUUUAAAAUUAACUGAGGCUUGA